AUGUUUGAGAGAGGAAGAACUCAGUUGGAUUUCGGAUUUCAUCAGUUUAAGUGUUCGUACACAGAAAAAAGAUGGAGCAGUGGAAGAAUCGCGUUGCUAUUGUGACUGGCGCUUCAUCAGGAAUCGGAGCUGCGAUCGCCAAAGAUCUCGUGAAGGCGGGAAUGAUCACAAUUGGAUUGGCAAGAAGAGUGGAGAGAAUUGAAGCUCUGAAGAAUGAUCUUUCGCCAGAAUUGAUACACAAUUUGCACGCUUUCAAGUGCGAUAUUACCAAAGAAGAGGAAAUUGUGAGCGUCUUUGCCCGAAUCCAUGAGAAAUUCAAUGGAAUUGAUGUGCUAGUGAAUAAUGCCGGUGUUUAUCGUGAUACCGCUUUGAUUGACAAAGACAAUUCAGACAUCAUUCGUGAAGUCAUGGACACAAAUGUGAUGGGCCUGGUUUUCUGCACUCGAGAAGCCUUCAAAUCAAUGGAAAAGCACGGAAGAAAUUCUCAUGUUGUUCAUAUCAACAGUAUUGCAGGACAUCAAGUUUACUGCAAUAUCGAACAGCCCUCAAUCAACAUUUAUCCUCCGAGCAAAUAUGCAGUGACCGCGAUUACGGAAAUCCACCGUCAGGAGUUCAUCCGGAGCAAACGCCAUAUCAAAGUGACUUCAGUGAGUCCUGGACUUGUGAAAACGGAAAUUUUCAUACCAGAACACAGAGAAAUGCUUUCCAAACUGCCCAUUCUUGAACCAGAAGAUGUAUCUCAGAGUGUCCUUUAUGUUUUGGGAACUCCUCCCCAUGUUCAGGUGCAUGAAUUGACUAUUAAGCCAUUCGGCGAGUCUUACUAAAUUCUUCAAAUAUUGUCGUUUUUCUCAUAAUUUCUGCCUACAUUGUAUUUACACAAUCCAAUAUGCAUGCUUUAUAGUAAAAAGAAACACAGUUCGUUCUUCUGCCUUAUCACUGUAUUACCAAAUAAGCUGUCUGUGUAUUCUAAGGCCCAUGAACUUGACAUAGCAAAUAAAGUGAGCCAAUAAAAAGCAAAGAUAAUAUAAUACCAUCGCAUACAUUAAGUGGAAAUACAUGUAAAAUAAAUAUCACA